GCGGGCGCGCGGGGCCGGGCGGGCGCGGGGUCCCGGUUUCCCCUCGGCCCCAGGACUCGCAGGAGGCCGUAGGGCCGCGCGCGCUGCCCCGACCGUGCCAGAUAAAAAACGCGUCCUGGUUUUAAUUCUUGCCCCGGUCCCCUGGGCGCUGCUGCGGUUUUAAAUUAUAAGACUUAAUCAUGAGUGACCAAAUCAAAUUCAUUGUGGACAGCCUCAACAAGGAGCCUUUUAAGAAGAACUAUAAUUUAAUCACAUUUGAUUCCCUGGGACCAAUGCAGCUAUUACAAGUUCUCAAUGAUGUCCUGGCUGAGAUCGACCCAAAGCAAGAUGUUGAUAUCAGAGAAGAGAUGCCAGAGCAGACAGCCAAACGAAUGCUGAACCUUCUUGGUGUCCUUAAAUACAAGCCUCCGGGAAAUGCCACAGACAUGAGUACCUUUCGCCAGGGCUUGGUGAUUGGCAGUAAGCCUGUAAUUUACCCAGUGCUCCACUGGCUUCUUCAGAGGAGUAAUGAGCUAAAGAAAAGGGCAUAUUUAGCUCGCUUUUUAAUAAAACUGGAGGUGCCGAGUGAGUUUCUUCAAGAUGAAACUGUGGCUGACACCAAUAAACAGUAUGAAGAGCUGAUGGAAGCCUUUAAAACUCUGCAUAAAGAAUGUGAACAGCUUAAAACAUCUGGAUUUUCUACAGCAGAAAUAAGAAGGGAUAUCAGCGCGAUGGAGGAGGAAAAAGACCAGCUCAUGAAGAGAGUUGAACGUUUGAAGAAGAGGGUGGAGACUGUUCAGAAUCAUCAGAGAAUGCUUAAAAUAGCAAGACAGCUUCGAGUUGAGAAAGAGAGAGAAGAAUUUCUUGCACAACAGAAACAGGAACAAAAGAAUCAGCUGUUCCAUGCAGUGCAGAGAUUGCAAAGAGUGCAAAACCAGCUGAAAAGCAUGCGGCACGCGGCCUCAGAUGCAAAGCCUGAAGGUUUAAUGAAGAGACUAGAGGAGGAGAUAAAAUUUAAUUCAUAUAUGGUCACUGAAAAAUUUCCAAAAGAAUUAGAAAGCAAGAAAAAGGAAUUACAUUUUUUACAAAAAGUGGUUUCUGAGCCAGCUAUGGGCCACUCUGAUCUUCUUGAACUUGAGUCUAAAGUCAAUGAAAUAAACACGGAGAUCAAUCAGUUGAUUGAAAAGAAAAUGAUGAGAAACGAGCCAAUUGAAGGCAAGCUCUCACUAUAUAGGCAACAGGCAUCCAUCAUCUCUCGUAAAAAAGAAGCCAAAGCUGAAGAGCUUCAGGAGGCCAAGGAGAAGUUAGCCAGCCUAGAGAAAGAAGUGUCAGUAAAGACAAACCAGACCCGGGAAUUCGAUGGUGCUGAGGUUCUGAAGGGGGAUGAGUUCAAGCGAUAUGUCUGUAAACUUCGAAGCAAGAGUACAAUUUUCAAAAAGAAGCAUCAGAUAAUAGCUGAAUUUAAGGCCGAGUUUGGCCUUCUGCAGAGGACAGAGGAGCUUCUGAAGCAACGUCAGCAAACCAUUCAACAUCAGCUGCGAACUAUUGAAGAGAAGAAGGGUAUAUCUGGGUACAGCUACACCCAAGAAGAGCUAGAGAGAGUGUCAGCCCUCAAGAGUGAGGUUGAUGAGAUGAAAGGCCGAACCCUGGACGACAUGUCUGAAAUGGUAAAGAAACUGAAUUCCCUGGUAUCAGAAAAGAAGUCAGCUCUGGCUCCAGUUAUAAAGGAGCUACGACAGCUGCGUCAGAGAUGUCAAGAACUAACCCAGGAGUGUGAUGAAAAGAAAGCCCAGUAUGAUAGCUGUGCAGCAGGCCUUGAAAGCAACCGGUCCAAAUUAGAGCAGGAAGUGCGAGGGCUGCGUGAAGAAUGUCUUCAAGAGGAGAGCAGAUACCAUUACACAAACUGCAUGAUUAAGAACCUAGAAGUUCAGCUUCGUCGAGCGACUGAUGAGAUGAAGGCAUAUGUCUCUUCUGAUCAACAGGAAAAAAGGAAAGCAAUCAGGGAACAGUAUACCAAAAAUAUUACUGAACAAGAAAACCUGGGUAAGAAACUCCGGGAAAAACAAAAGGCUGUACGAGAAAGCCAUGGCCCAAACAUGAAGCAAGCCAAGAUGUGGCGUGAUCUUGAGCAGCUGAUGGAAUGUAAAAAACAAUGCUUUCUAAAACAGCAGAAUCAAAGCUCCAUUGGUCAGGUAAUUCAGGAGGGCGGAGAGGACCGGCUGGUGCUCUGAGCCCUGUGUCCUCGGGCUUAAGUCGCCGCUGGCCGAGCACAUCGCCAGCGCCUGCCUUCUCGGAAGCGACUUACUCAUCCUUUGCUUUCAGACUAGCCAUCCCUUCUAAAGUUGUCCUGGAAAAUGAAGUGAGGGCAGAUCAGGCUUUGAAGGGCUUCUUAACAUGAAGAAGAGGCUUUCUUUGUUUGUUUAGCUUAGACGUCGAGUGGUGUCUCCUGAGUUUUAUGAGAAAGGACUAAGCUUGCUAUCUGUAAUAUAAACACGUGUCCAUUAAGAACCAUGUAGUUUUUAAAGCUGUAAUAACUGAUGGAUUAAUGUUUUUCUUGGUCUUUUUUUUUUCUUCUGACUUUAGAGGACCCUUUUAGGAACUAGUAUCUUGUUUUGAAGAAACAUUUGUCUGAAGUCAGCAGUCCCUACAGUUUCACUUCAGUUCCUUUCUCUUCUAUAAAUGCAAACCAGUUUAAUAUUUUGUAAAGCAUUUAUGCUGUUCAUAUGAUUUAAAAUCAAAUAAAGCUUGAUACAUGCCAUUGCUUAAAUAACAUAGUUGUGUCAAAAUUUUUC